AUGAACUUUGAUGAAAUUCUCUGCCUUAUUGGCGGCUUUGGGAAGUUCCAGAAGACCUUGUAUAUAUGGAUAUGUCUACCUCAAAUCUUUCUGGCAUUCCACAUGCUGGUCUCUGUCUUCACUGGGGCCGUUCCUCCGCAUUUAUGCCAUUCCUCAGUGGGCCCUCAGGCCUUUUUGAACUUCACCUUCAGUAGUCCGUACUCCCUUUACGGCCAGUCCGAGCUGUCGUGCACGGUUCCUCUGAACCUCAGCGGGGAUGCAGGUCUGGGCGAUGGACACCCCUCUGAGAAGUGCCAGGGGGGCUGGGAUUACAGCACAGAGACCUUCCAAAGCACCAUAGUAACUGAGUGGGACCUGGUGUGUGAGGAUGCCAGCCUGAACAACAUGGGCUCCUCGGUGUACAUGUUCGGCCUGCUGGUUGGAGCUGUUGUGUUCGGGAGCUUAGCUGAUAAGUAUGGCCGCAGGAUUGUCAUUCUCUUUAACCUGGCUAUCCAGGCUGUCUUUGGGGUAGGAGCUGCUUUUGCCCCUAAUUUCUACGUCUACAUCGCCCUCCGCUUCAUGGUUGGAACAUCCAUCUCUGGUGUCAUCAUGAAUGCCUUUGUCCUAGGUCAGUGGCUUAUAGAAAGUUAA